GUGGCUCUUGUUCCUUUCCUAUCUAAGCAAUUGAGUUUUAAUUGGAAUAUUUAUCUGAAUUAUCUCAGAUUGCGUCGGUGACAUAGUUAUAUCAGGAUCAGUCCGGACACAGAAAAGUCAAGUCUUUCUGGAGAUUGCUGAAUUGCAACUGCCUGGAUUUAAAAUGUCCUUCAAUCCAACAGAACACCAGCAUAUUCGAUACAAUCCUUUAAAGGAUGAAUGGGUCCUCGUGUCUCCACACCGGAUGCUUCGACCGUGGACCGGACAAGUAGAAAAGCCAGACGACAAAGAAGGACAAAAUACAGCAGACCUGAACAACCCUCUCUGUCCAGGAGCAAAGAGGUCAUCUGGAGUGGUUAACCCUAUUUAUGAGUCAACCUACACAUUCACCAACGAUUUCCCUGCCCUACUUGAGGAAAUUCCUGAACCAAAAGAUGAAGGUGAGGCUGAUGGCCUGUUUAGAACCAAAGCAGCCAAAGGCACUUGCAGGGUCAUGUGCUUUCAUCCAAGGUCUGACAUCUCUAUUCCGCUGAUGUCUGUCGAAGAAAUCACAAAAGUUAUUCAGAAGUGGAUUUCGGAAACAAAGGAGUUAGGCGAGAAGUAUGCCUGGGUGCAGGUCUUUGAAAACAAAGGAGCCACCAUGGGAUGCUCCAAUCCACACCCGCACUGCCAAAUCUGGGCUUCCGACUUUGUACCCAACGAAGGCCGUGUGAAGAAUGAAAAUCAGCUCAAGUAUUUUCAAAAGAAAGGGAAAAUUAUGCUUGGUGAAUAUGCCACCCAGGAAAUUGAGAAAAAAGAAAGAGUUGUUUUUGCAAAUGCUGACUGGGUUGUUGUUGUGCCUUACUGGGCAGUUUGGCCUUUUGAAACAAUGAUCCUGCCCAUUCCAAAAGAAUCACUUCCACUACCCAAGCGGUUCACCGACCUAACAACCUCACAAGAAAAGAGUCUGGCUGAUGCCAUGAAAGUGAUAACCACCAAGUAUGACAAUUUGUUCCUGACAAGCUUCCCCUACUCAAUGGGCUGGCAUGGGGCACCCACUGGGAAACACUUGACUGAAAAUAUGGAUCACUGGGUGUUUCACGGUAUUUAUUUGCCGCCGUUAUUGAGAUCAGCCACAAUUAAGAAGUUUAUGGUUGGAUACGAAUUGCUUGCUCAGGCUCAGAGGGAUUUGACUGCAGAGCAAGCAGCCGAGAGAUUGCGGAAUUGCUCUAGUGUGCACUACAAAAUUCAAAACAAGAAAUAGGUUGCUGGUCAGUCUGUCAAGGUGAUUAGAACAUCAAUUUAUUCGACACUGGUCAUAUAUCAUAUAUAUUUAUAUUGUUGGAUUUGAUUUCAAUCAAAGUUAUCUUUAUCUGUAUGGAAUGAAACAAUAAAUUUAAAUAUUUUGUUAAAAAUAUAAAAAUAAUUGAACAACGCUUUUGGAGAGAAUAAAAAAAGGAUGCACCCAUCCAUUCAUU